AUGGUUGGCGGUCUGACACGAAACCGAUUCGGAAACCUCCUCUCAGUCAAGGGCUUGAGAGAUCUCGUCUUCUGGUACGUCGUGUGGAAGUAUUUCAUCUCGUUUUACCGUCAUCUGCGUGCAAGAGGGAUCAGGAAAACCAUCAAUGAAACCUAUAUACAACUAGCAACCUUUGGCUUUAAAUGUGCACUCCGAAUUCCAUCCAUCAAUCGUAAAGUGACCAGUCAACUGGAUGAUGCAUCCGCCGAUAUGGAGAAGAAACUGGCGCCCAAAGGACCUGGGAUCGUUAGAUGGCUCGAGUUACCAAAGGAUGGUAAAUCAGCUGAAUGGCUGAAAGAUGAACUUGAUUCACUCUCUCGAUUACCUUCAUCAAACUGGCAGUCCGGUAAGGUCUCGGGUACAGUUUACCAUGGUGGAGAAGAACUCGAACAUGUCAUCAGCUCCGCUAUGAACAAGUACAUUAUCAGUAACCCUCUCCAUCCAGACGUUUUUCCUGGGGUGCGAAAGAUGGAAGCCGAAGUCGUCAAAAUGGUUCUCGAGCUGUUCAAUGCGCCCCCUGAGGCUGGCGGGACGGUCACCAGUGGGGGCACUGAGUCGAUUCUCAUGGCUUGCAAGAGUUAUCGGGACUGGGCACGGGAUGUUAAGGGUAUUACCGAACCGGAGAUGAUUGCGCCCAACAGCAUCCAUGCGGCAUUCGACAAGGCUGCUCACUACUUCGGCAUCAAGAUCCACUACAUUCGCGUCGAUGAGAAAACUCGCAAGGUGGACAUUGCACGGGUCAAACGUGCAAUUAAUCCCAACACAGUCAUGCUUUGCGGCUCGGCGCCCAACUACCCAGACGGCGCGAUUGAUGAUAUUACCGCAUUGGGUAAGCUGGCGAAGAAAUAUAACCUUGGCCUACAUGUCGAUUGCUGUCUUGGCUCCUUCCUUGUACCAUUUGUGGAGCAAUGUGGUUUCCCAAUGGACCCAUUUGACUUCCGGGUAGAAGGAGUCACUUCCAUCUCUUGCGAUACUCAUAAGUAUGGGUUCGCACCAAAAGGCAACAGUGUGAUUAUGUACCGGACCUCGAAAUGGCGCGAGUACCAAUACACUGUCUUUCCUACUUGGCCUGGAGGCGUAUUUGCUUCACCUUCGAUCGCAGGAUCACGACCGGGCUCAAUCAUUGCGGGAACAUGGGCUGCACUGAUGUAUAUGGGAAAGGAAGGGUACUUGGAAAGCUGUCGAUCAAUCGUCGGAGCUGCCAAAAGAUUGGAAAAGGCUAUCAGAGAAGAAAUCCCUGAAUUGGAAGUGCUGGGGAAACCAUUAGUUUCUGUGGUCGCUUUUAAGGACAAAAAAGGAAUGGGCGUAAAUAUCUAUCAACUCGGUGAUUACCUUGGCUCUAAAGGGUGGCACCUGACUGCAUUACAAUUUCCCCCCGCCUUGCAUAUCGCGUGUACCAAGCCGACAACAACAGCAAUUGAUACUCUGAUCCAAGAUCUGAAAGAAGGUGUGGCAUCUGUUAAAGGCGACAAAGAUGGCGGUAAAGGAGACAUGGUCACGCUUUAUGGUUUGGGUAGUUCUAGUGCUGUGGGCCCAGGAUUGGUCGGUGACCUGGCUAGGAGAUAUCUAGAUACGCUUUAUUCUGCUUGA